AACGAGAGAGGCGUGGAACUAAAAACUUGGUCUAGCGUUGUUAAUGCUACUUUCGAGCAGUUUCGUACGGAUACGACGUAGACGAACGAUUUCAUUGAAUUUCAUUUGUUUUUAUAUUCUAGUAGGAUACUAGAAGAGUGUAGGAUAAUUGUUGACAGUACUGAAAUUCUUCUCGUCGUUUAAAAUCUAUCAAAGAUUAUUAAUUAUUAUUACUUAUUAUUAUUAUUAUUAUUAUAAAUUCGCGUGAUUGUAAACUAUACGUUAGAAAUGUCUUUCAUAUCGCCGAUGCCCAGUAGAGAGUUUUUGUGGGAUGUGUUUAAUAGGGUGGAUAAGGAUGGUUCUGGUUCAAUUACCGCCGAUGAAUUGCAACAGGCACUCUCGAACGGUACCUGGACUCCUUUUAACCCGGAAACCGUCCGUUUGAUGAUCGGUAUGUUUGACAUUGACAAAAAUAGUCCUACUUCUUCAGGUAUGUUUGAUAAAAAUCAGACAGGAACAGUCAGCUUCGAGGAAUUUGGUGCUCUUUGGAAAUAUGUCACCGAUUGGCAAAAUUGCUUUAGAUCGUUCGAUCGCGAUAACAGCGGUAACAUUGAUCGCAAUGAAUUAAAGACUGCUCUAACGCACUUUGGAUACCGUUUAUCCGAACAAACGAUAGAUAAUCUUAUACGUAAAUAUGACAGAGCAGGCAGAGGUACUAUAUAUUUCGAUGAUUUCAUACAGUGCUGCGUCGUUUUACACACGUUAACCGCAGCCUUUCGACAACUAGAUACAGAUUUGGAUGGCGUUAUCACGAUUCAUUACGAACAAUUUUUGGGUAUGGUAUUUAAUUUAAAGAUUUAAAGUAUGUACAAAUACAAAUAUCGGAGGUUAUAUAUCUUGCCUUUCAAUGGUUAUAAAUAUGAUAUAACGAUGCGAGUUGCCAAAUAAAUAAAAUUCUAUUUCCACAUGUUUUAAGGAGAAGCAAAGCUAUCGACAUUCUUAGGUUAGUCUAAAGAUCGCAUAUCUAUCUAUUCCGAAAAUACACGUUUUAUACGUUUGAAGUCCA